AUCUCGGUUCUUGUGCCAGCUUGCUUUUUUAUGCAGAUUCCAACUUAAAAAAAUGCAAAAAAAAAAAGUAGGGGGAAAUAUAAAAGCUAGAGAGCAGGAAAAAACAGAGCUUUUUCUUCUUUUUUAUUCAGUUUAGAGGAGAGACAGACAGAGAGGGAGAGGGAGAGAGAAAGAGGCGAAGGCCGUUGGUUGGGAAGAUGAGAGGGUGGUGAAGAGGAGGAGAGAGAAAGAGAAAGAAGAGAAAGAGAGAGAGAGAGAUGGGUGGGAUUAAAGCUCUAAUUUUGGCAUGCAUUUUGGUGUUGAAUCAAAGCUUUGUUUUUGGAAACACUGACCAAAAUGAUGUUUCUGCUCUCAAUGUAUUGUACACAAGCUUCAAUUCACCCUCACAGCUUACGGGUUGGUCCUCCGCAAACAGCGGCGAUCCCUGCGGACAGGCAUGGCUCGGCGUUACCUGCGCCGGUUCUUCGGUUAAAUCAAUUAAAUUAUCUGGAAUGGGACUUACCGGGAAUUUAGGCUACAAUUUGAAUAACAUGGCUUCGCUCACUGAGCUUGAUUUAAGCAACAACAAUCUUGGCGGUGGUCAACAGAUACCUUAUAAUCUUCCUCCUAAUCUCGAGAGAUUUAAUCUUGCUGGGAACCAAUUUAACGGAAAUCUACCUUACUCAAUUUCUUAUAUGGUUACUCUCAAAUAUCUAAUUCUUGGUCAUAAUCAACUCCAGGGAAAUCUCACCGAUAUAUUCUACAAACUUACCAAUUUGACCACUAUGGACCUCUCCUUUAAUUCUCUCACCGGUGACCUCCCUCAAAGCUUCAGCUCCUUGACGAGUUUGAAUACUCUUUAUGUGCAGAACAACCAAUUUACUGGCACCAUAGAUGUCCUUGCUGCUCUUCCCCUUGAAGAUUUGAAUGUUGAAAGUAACCGCUUUACCGGCUGGAUUCCUGAUCGGCUUCAAAAGAUUAAUAACCUUCAGACCGGUGGUAAUUCCUGGAGCUCUGGCCCUGCGCCUCCACCUCCACCAUAUACGCCUCCUCCGCCGGGUCGAAAAGUAAACCCGGGUCAGAACUCCAAUAGUGGUAACAACCCAUCAAGCGGCGGGGGAAGUGGUGGUGGUGGAAGUUCUGGUAUAGGUGGUGGGGGCAUAGCUGGAAUUAUCAUAUCCGUAUUGGCCGUAGGUGGAAUAGUUGCGUUCUUCUUGGUUAAGAAGAAAAGUUGGAAAGGGGAACAGAAUCCCGAGCAGAAACAGCCUUUUGCCCCUUUUGCGCCUUUUGCUUCAAAUGGAGAAAAAGAGAUGAAAUUGACGCAGACCGUUUCCAUACUCGACAAUUCAGCAUUGCCUCCAGCUGCUCCGAUCAGCCUUAAACCUCCUCCUAAAAUCCACAAGUCAUUUGAUGAAAAUGACACCUCAAACAAGCCUGUUGCAAAGAAAACUGAUUUGGCUCCCAUAAAAGCAACGGUGUAUUCCAUAGCUGAUUUGCAAAUGGCAACCAACAGCUUCAGCGUGGACAAUCUUGUUGGAGAAGGGUCCUUUGGGCGUGUUUAUAGAGCUGAAUUUGACGAUGAAAAGGUUCUGGCUGUGAAGAAAAUAAACUUUAAUGCUCUUCCCAAUUUGUCAUCUGGCGACUUCAUUGAGUUGGUCUCAAACAUCUCAUGCUUGCAUCAUCUGAAUCUAUCCGAGCUGGUUGGCUACUGUAAUGAACACGGGCAGCACUUGCUGGUCUAUGAGUUCCACGGAAACGGCUCACUGCAUGAUUUCCUUCGCCUCCCCGAUGACUACAACAAGCCACUGUCAUGGAAUCAGCGCGUCAAGAUCGCACUGGGCUCUGCACGGGCGCUAGAGUAUCUGCAUGAAGUAUGCUCGCCGUCUAUCAUCCAUAAACAUUUCAAGUCAUCAAACAUUUUAUUGGACAUGGAGCUCAACCCUCACGUUUCAGAUUCUGGGCUUGCGAGCCUUGUUCCAAACCCAGAAUUCCAGGCAUCAGAUGAGAACUCCGGAUACACUGCUCCGGAGGUUUCCAUGUCCGGCCAGUAUAGUCUCAAGAGCGACAUUUACAGCUUCGGAGUGGUCAUGCUGGAGCUCUUGACUGGGCGGAAGCCUUUCGACGGCUCUAGACCGCGAUCUGAGCAGUCGUUGGUUCGGUGGGCUACUCCCCAGCUGCACGACAUCGAUGCUUUAGACCGGAUGGUUGAUCCGGCCCUUCAGGGGUUAUACCCGGCGAAAUCUCUCUCUAGGUUCGCAGAUGUUAUUGCUCUGUGUGUUCAGCCCGAGCCAGAAUUUAGGCCGCCCAUGUCGGAAGUCGUGCAAGCAUUAGUUCGCCUGGUGCAAAGGGCCAACAUGAGUAAGCGGAUGGUCGGAGGAGAUGGGCAAGGCUCUCCCUGGCGAUCGGAUGAGACCGAUACGCCAGACUAUACGUUCUAAGCUGUGUAUUUGUCGGUUAGCUUCUCCUCGUUUAAUCGGGUGAUUAUAUAUAUAUAUAUAUAUAUAUUGUUUCCUUAGUACAUAUUUUGCGGGUGUUAUGCUUGCGAUUACGGCUGUAUCAUAAGUAUCAUAAUUCCAUUAUUUUUUUCCUUUUCCUUGCAACUUUGCAUACUUUGGCGUGGUGAUAACCUAUAGCCUAUUUUGUAUAAAUGUUAUUUGAGCAAAUUUUGUUGAUCCAGUGAGAGGUAACAGUAACACUCAAAAUAA